GCAGAGGGUGUCCGGAGGCAGAAGGAUGGCUGCCGCCUCCACGGCCGCAGCAACCGGCGGCCCGGGGAAGCGAAAGCGCUCUUUCCCCGCCCGUGCGCCCGCGCUCUGCCUGGCGCUGGCUUUGGCUCUGGGCCACGGGACCUGGUUGGUAUUUUGUUCUGCAACCGCCAAUGUUGCAGCUGUUAUAGUGUCCACACCAGCAGAACUGAUUGUGGAGAUUGGGACAGUAGCGAAGCUUCCAUGCAAGUUCACAUCAUCAGAGAAGAUUACUACUGCAGCCUCUGCUACCUGGAGCUAUCGAAAACGGGGAACAGAUGACCGUCCCAUAACUUUUUUCUAUUACUCAAAUGAGAAAGCAUAUGAUGGGAAGAAUACACAAUUCACUGGCCGCAGCAAAUGGGCUGGAGAUUUUUUAAAGCAAGAUGCAUCCAUCAAGAUAGAAAACAUGCAACCUACAGACAAUGGCACUUAUUUCUGUGAUGUUAAGAACCCUCCAGAUGUAGUCACUGAAGAAAGGCCAAUUGAAGUUAAAGUUGUGGAGAAAGAGAAUAUUCCUGCAAGCUCCGGAAAUAUUUCAUCCUGCUGGCUACUUGUACUUCAGUUCUGCUGCGUUCUAGCCUCUUUGCCAAAUUACUUGCUCUGAAAAUAAAACACACCCCUUGAGGCAAUU